UCAUCAGUCUCAUCCAAUUCCUAAUGUUGAGAAUGUCUGGGUAUAUCCUUUGUCAUUGAGUAAGGAAUUAAAUAGUAAUAAUGAUUUUAUGUUGAAAUUGCAUUUCAAUUGUUGAUGAAAAUUGUAAUGAACUUGAAACAGUUUAGUUUUCGGAAUGAGGUUUAUAAACUUUCCAAAAUGUUUCGAGGAGUGGGUUGACGGGGAGGUGAAUGUGGAAACACUAGAAUUAGGAGCAGUGUAUUAAUUUUGUAUUUAUUUUUGGAUAUAUUUGAGACAUUUUUUAUAUCACCUGGGCAAAUACCCAUCAGUUGAACAAAAGGAGCUUCAGGCAAUUAUCCAGCUAAUUAUGCAAUUUAAGUAAAAUGAAGGACCAUAUGCCUUGAAACCUAAUGGUCUUCAUUUUUUUCUUUUACAGGACACAUUAUGACUUCAUCCAAUAAAGGAAUUUUACACACCUUGUUAAUUUCCAUCAUCAUCUUGGGCUGCCUUUUAACUUUGUUGUUGCUCUAUGUUAAGCCCUCAAACAGUUGGAUUUAUGCUCCGAUGGAAUCGGCCACCUCAGUUCUACGCAUGAGGAACAUCUUUGCUUCACGGAAAGAAGACAAUAAAACCAUUGUGCUCAUUUGGCUGUGGCCUUUUGGUCAGACAUUUGAGCUCAAUUCAUGUGAAUCUGAGUUUAAUAUCCGUGAUUGUCGUUUGACUGUGGAUAAAAACUUGUACAAUAAAUCUCACGCGGUCCUUAUCCAUCACAGGGAUAUCAGUGGGGACAUGUCCAAUCUGCCCACAGAGCCUCGACCUGUUUUUCAGAAAUGGGUUUGGAUGAAUCUGGAGUCACCUACUCACACCCCAAAAAAGGCGGAACUUGACCGACUUUUCAAUUUGACCUUGACAUAUAGAAGGGACUCAGAUAUCUCUGUGCCUUAUGGAUCACUAACAAUUAAUAGAGUUCCAUCAGCCUUUGAAUUGCCAAGUAAAAACAGCCUAGUGUGUUGGGUCGUAAGCAACUGGAACUCUGACCACGCCAGGGUGAAAUAUUACAAUGAACUUUACAAAUAUGUUGAAAUAAACACAUAUGGUCAAGCCUUUGGAGAAUAUCUGAGCAAUAACGAAUUGAUCCCAACAAUAUCUAGAUGUAAGUUUUAUCUUUCCUUUGAGAAUUCAAUACAUAAAGAUUACAUAACUGAAAAGCUCUACAAUGCUCUGCUUGCCGGUAGUGUUCCUGUGGUCCUGGGUCCAUCCAGAGAAAACUAUGAAAAUUACAUUCCAGCCAAUUCUUUUAUUCACGUGGAUGAUUUUCUCUCACCCAAAGAGCUUGCUGAUUACCUUCACAUGUUGGAUGGUAAUGAAAAUUUGUACAUGAGCUACUUCAAAUGGAGAAAAUUCUAUAAAGUGAGAAUGACUCAUUUCUGGGAUGAGCAUGCAUGCUCCGUUUGUGGAAAUAUUCGGCAACAUAAAGAAUAUAAAUCCCUCUCCAGUUUGGAGAAAUGGUUUUGGGAUUGAACUGAAGUAUGUAAAUAGUGUCAAUCACAAACAGCAUUGAUUAUAUUCAAUUGGCUUUGAUCUACAAAAGAAGAUAUUUCAGAUUAAUUCGCUAAUUUAACAAAAUAAUUGAUUUUAUUCUAGUACUCAACAAUUCAAAGUGAAUCGAUGGAUUGGUCCUGGUCAAAUUUCCAACGAUAACUGAGUUCCAGCAGAGAAAUAAAUAUUUAAGAUAAUGCAAAUGCUCAGCCUAAAAGGAAACAAAGUUUGUGUUUCAGGUUAAAAAAAAACUUUGUCCAAUCUGCUGAAGAAAGAAAGCACAUUUGUUUGAAGUUUCUGAGAGAGUGGGGAAGGAAUGUACCGAAUAAAGGGAUAAGUUGAUCAUUUUGGCCAAGGGAUGUUAUUGAGAUCAUCGGAUUGAUGGAUGAAUAGGGAUAAUCAGAGAGAAAUGUUAGAGUUACCUGUGAAAGAGUUAGAAAGUGGGAUAAAACAAAGAAGGUAAAAGCUAAUAUGCACAGGCCUCUGCAAUAUGCUGUGCAUAUUAGGCUGUGCUAAUGCUGAAAGAAAAGGAAUCAGUAUGGUAAAUCAAAUGCAAUAGAGAAAACAAGGUUGAGGGUGGAAUGCAGGGGAGAGAUGGGGUCAGAGGAAAGCUAAUGGGGAGAAUGAUAUGGAACAGUUUUGGUAUUCUGGAGCUGUUAAAGAUUUUAAUUUUUGACAUCUGAAGGGAUGGAAAAUAAUUGUCGCUUGCAGCAUCAAAUGUGGCAAUAUGGUACUACAGCCCACAGCAUGAGAUAGGGUGAACAAGUAUAAUUGCAGAGAGAGGUCAAGAGCAAACAGGUAUUGAGGUGUAGCAUGACAAAAGGAUCUCAGGAUGCAGUGAUCGUGAGCAUAAUUGUGAACCAGGGUGGAUCCAAAUUGGGAAUAAUGGAAAUUCAUCUGGAAUAGUUAAAAGAUGGUGUAGGACUGGUGGCUUUCCAAAGGAAAGAUAUGGUGCCAUGAAAGUGAGGUUUGGUCAACACCUAAUCAAAGACAAGAAGGAAAUUGAAACCACUGACAAUGAACAAACAAGAUGGAUGACAAUCCAGUUGGAGAACGGGGAAGAACUUCUUCAAGCUUGGCAGUACAGGAAGAGAAGUGGCAGCAAAUCCAACUGUAAAUGAGAAUCAGUUCUUCUGACUUCCAUUAGGUUGUUGUGAUUAUUUGACAUAUAACAAGCAAUCUUAAAGACCAGUCUCUGUGGCCUCUAACAGCAAUGUUAUUGCAUGGCUUGACCAGAGAUAGAACUCAACUAUCAGUUGCAAAUUUACAAAACAAUAUGUAUUCAUGGUGGACAUGUUGGACCGAACUAUUUUACAAUUGGCCAGUACAAAGGUAUCAAAUUUGUCGAGGAAGGAACUGCAGAUGCUGCUUUAAAGCGAAGAUAGAGACGAAAAAAAGCUGGAGUAACUCAGCGGGUCAGACAGCAUCUCUGGUGAAAAGGAAUUAUUUCCGGUUGAGACCCUUCUUCAUCCCUUCUGAUGGAAACAGGGCUGAGGAGAUAUUAGAGUGGAGUGAAAGGCUCCCAAUUUGGCCAAGUGGAGUUCUAUAAUAUGCAAGUUGGGCUAUGUUGACAUUGUGGGAGCAAAGAAGCACAUUUUAGGUGCCCAGGAAUAGUGACUACUAUGCCUGGAGAAACGUGCCACAAAGAGUUUCCACAAUCAGUAGAUACAAACAAACAACCUUAAUUUGUGGAAAGGUUCCAAAGGAACAGAAAUUUAAAUCAUGGUUAUCAGGAUCACAGGGAUGAGUUUGGCUCAGAUAUAUUCCCUGAAGUACUUGCUAUGCUGUCCUGAGCAGCAACUCCUGCCAACCAAGCUCAAUCACAAGGCAUCAAUCAAUCCUCUCUGCUGCAACUCCCAGCAGCCCUGUCACUUACAUUGUAGUUUAAAGUCAUGGGCAAUGAAACAAAUGGCACCUUCUGAUCUUAGCAUUUCUAUUACUGUAAGUUCCUUACUUUAUGAUGGUCAACUAUUUUCUGAGAAGCUGUUGUUUGAUUGUUGAUAUCGAUUAUUAAUUCAUUAACUAAUUGAUUGAACUAUAUUUCAUCACUCUGCUGAAUCCAAAGUUGGUCAUUAAUUUUAAUAUCUAAUUGCCAUGAUUAGGUUGAUUACAUAUAAGCUGCUGAAUUAAUGUAAGAUGACAAAAUACUUUUUAUUGGAAAACACUCUGCUCUGUUCGAAGCGACCUGUCGACUCGAACUAUCCAGUUGGACAAUCUGAAGCACGUGUUGUCAUGUUGCAUGUCCCUCUGAGCACCAGUUCCAUGUCGGUGCACAAAAUCACGAGAGGAAUAGCUCGGGUAGAUUGUCUCUUGCCAAGAGUGGGGGAAUCGAGGGCCAGAGGACAGAGGUUUAAGGUGAGGGUGGAAUUAUUUUAUUGGAACCUGAGGGGUAAGGUUUUCACACAAAGAGUGGUGUGUGCAUUGAGCGAGCUGCUGGAGGAGGUAGUUAAAGCAGGGACUAUUGCAACGUAUUAGAAACAUUUAGACAGGUACAUGGAUAGGACAAAUUUAGAGGGAUAUGGUCCAAACUUUAGAGGGAUAUGGUGGGACUAGUGUCGAUAGGACAUGUUGGCCGGUGUGGGCAAGUUGGGCCGAAGGGCCUGUUUUCACACUAUAUCACUCUAUGAGCUCAGAGGCACCCAGAGCAUCCUUACAAACAUUUUUGCAGUUUUGAAACCUAACCUUUUGCCAUGUAAUCAGAUUCUACAUGUAACUACAUCUUUACCACUGUCACGAUUCCUCUCUAACAUCGGACUGCUUGCCUCAAUGCACACCGUGAAUGAGCUACAAACCAUACUUAAAAUAGACAAUAGACAAUAGGUGCAGGAGUAGGCCAUUCGGCCCUUUGAGCCAGCACCUAUCACAUUCAAUGUGAUCAUGGCUGAUCAUCCCCAAUCAACUGAAACCAUCUUCAGCCUACAUGUAGCCCCGUUUAUUCAGAGCAUCUCUUUCCAUUGCCUCCAGUCUCAACAUAUUUAGAUUACUUAUAUUUGAAUUUAACUCCUUACACCAUCUCAUCCAACAUCUAUAACCUUCUGGAAUGCUGCACCCACCUUCCUAAUUUUCUAGAUAUGUGACAAUUUCCCCCAGUUCCAAUGCUCCAUCUUCGGUGGCCAGCUAUAAACCUCAACUCUCUGCAAUUCCUUUCAUAGCCCCAACUUCCCUGACUUUGCAAAUCUCACCUCUCUUUGUUUCACAUCUUCAUCUCAUAAUUUUUAUUCUUUCCUAUCCUUCUUUGAAAGACCCUGAGCAGUUUAAUUUACACAUAAAUACUCAUAUGUGUUUCUGUCUUACAGUUGGGGCUUAAAACUAUGUUCUGUCCUAAUCAAAUGUCUUUAUUUUUCUCAGUCUAGAGAUAGAGUCUAUUCAGCAUUUGUGCCAAUUGGUCAAUCAUUUGGUUUGUUAGGGAAUCUAUUGCAAAUGACAUGAAAAGUCACUCUCGGGUGAGUAUUUAUGGAUUGCAUAAUGCCUUUACAUUUCAAGUACUGGGUCAGUUCAAACAUGUGCUAAGUGUUUUAUAUAAUUAAAAGAUAGUAUUGAAUUGCUCUGGGUUCUGCUAGACAAAGUGGUCCUUAAUCACAUCAUCUGUUCAGCUUCUUUUGAUAAUUUAUUUCAAAAAUACCUAUGGUUUUGUUGGUUAACUUUAAUGUAUUUAUUUAUUUAUUUGAAACCAUUACCUGAAUACAUUCCACUUUUGAAAUACUCUGUGAAUCACAAGCUUGGUGGAUAUUUUCCAGCCAGCAGAAUUGUUGUUAAUUUCAUCAGUGUAUUUAUUUAAUAGAAACAGAAAAUAGUGAGCUGUUCAGCAGCAUCUGCAAAGCAAGAAACAUGGUUGGUCUUACAUUGAAAAUGAGAGAGAAAAGCUUACACCUAAUGGACUUUUAUGUUGACACAAAGAACUGUAGAUGCUGGUUUACCAAAAGUAAAAAUCACAAAGUGCUGGAGUAACUCAGUCUGAAGAAGGCACCUGAUCCAAAAUGUCACCUAUCCAUGUUCUCCAGAGAUGCUGCCUGGCCCACUGAGUUACUCCAGUGAUUUUUUAUGUUGCCAGUUUCACACAUUUUCUACUCUUUUCAAUAGAUCUAUUCUUUUAACAUCAAGGACAUUUUAAGUAAAAAGGUGUGUAGGGGUUUCGUUUCCCUUUGCUCCACUUCGGGCCCAACUGCCCGAGUUAUUCUCUCCCUUGUCGGAGGGUCAAACGGCCACCACUCCACUCGAGCGGUUUCCAAGAGAGAGAAUACAACAAAAGGGAUUCCCCUAGGUUCUAGACCUCGGAAUUAUGGUGGGAUAUGAUAAAAGGUUGAAUUCACCAGAGUGUGCUGAUGAGAGAAAACAGAAACCAAGAUGGACUCAAAGCAAGUCUAAAAUUUAUAGGCUUUAUUAAACAAUGAGAAAUCGAAUCUCACCAACACUACAUAAUACGUGGCUAAACUUAUGCUUUAAACUAAGACUAUGGACGGAAAACUAUCGGGCACGUCGUAAAACUUACUUUACACAAUUUUACCCCCCUUUUCCCUUUCGUCUCUCAACUAUCCUAUUUCGGGAACUUCACCAGGUCACCGGGAUACUUACAGUUGGGCUCACGAGCUGUCCAGCAGAGCAGAAAAGAAAGCGAGUUCUGGCUUGACUCAUGCUUUUAUACCUGAGCUUCAUUUGAAACCCCCAGGUGGUCCUCUGGAUGAAAGGGUUCUUUUGAUGAUUCCCAGUUUCGAUUUGGCAUGAACAAUAGGCUUCCGAUGAUAAGGAGUUUGCCGAUGUCAUGAUCCCUCAGCCUGAUCGUUAUCCCAUCGCCUACAUGGGCUCCCAUUGUCCUGAUGGAUGGGUCAUCCACGAUGGUGAUUGUGCUUGCUGCUGGCCUGUUUACCACCGUCUGCUGAGGCUUGGUACCUUCCUUUGUGUUUCCAAGAUAAUCUUGUUAUCUCCGUCUCAGCCUUUCCUGCCCACACCAUUCGCACAGUUGUGUGAUGCCCAAAUCCACAGGCCAGACAGGUUUGAAACUUGAAACUGAUUUUUUCUGUGGAUUGGGGGUUUUUCCAUUGCAGCCAGCAAAUCUGUCUUUUUAAACUUAAAUGUGAAUAAUAUAAAUAUAAAUAAUUUAAAUUUUCUGAAGAAUGGGUUGAGGCAGACAUAAUUGACCAACACAAAAAUUGCAGCAUGAUGCAAUUUGCUUAUUUGUUUACAAUCACAUUUUGCACUUAACAGCUAAUAUAAUGAAUCCAUACCUAACAUGGCUCUUAGUUAUGCAGACGUAUAGUAUAUUUUUAAUAUUGUACUGGGAUGGUAAGCAGAGGUAGUGGAGGGCUCUGAAUCAAGUUCCUGAUAUAGAAGAAUUAAUAGUCACAGACACAUGCAGCACAAAAACAGGCAUUCUGGGUCAACUAGUCCAUGCUAGUCCAUUUAGUCCCAUUUACUCGUAUUAGACCAUAUCCCUCUAAAUAUUGCUAUCCAUGUACCUAUCCAACUAGCUUCUAAAUGCUACCUCAUUCCAUUUAAGCACCACCCUCUGUGUGAAAAGAUUUCCUCUCAGGUGGCUAAUAAAUCUUUCCUCUCUCACCUUAAACCAAUGUCCUCUAGUUCUUGAUUCCCCAAAUCUGGGAAAAGACUGUGCAAUCACCCAAUUUAAGCACCUCUAGAUUUAAUAUACCACUAAAACAUCAGCCCUCAGUCUCUUACAUUGCAAAUAAUACUCGGAUCUGUUUAAAAUAGAUUGGCAAGGGGCAGGAUCGGAUGCAGGUAUGAGGCAGGUGAGAGGCUGGAAGAGGCUGUGAAAGCAAGUUUAAUGGACAGGAUAGGCAGAGGCACAGCAGAGUGAGGAAGGACUGUAGGAUUGAAUUGCAUUUAUUUCAAUACGAGAGGCCUGAUAGGUAAGGCAGGUAAAAUCAGGGCCUGGACAGGUAUGAGCAGCUGGGACAUUGAAACUGUUACAGAAACCUGGCUAAGAAAGGGGCAGGACUACCAGCUCAAUGUUCCAAGGUACAGGUGCUCCAGGCAGGAUGGAGGCGGGAUAUUGCUUUACUGAUUAAGGAGAAUAUUGUGACAGUGGUCUGAGAUUACAUUACUGAUGGAUUAUCCAGUGAGGCUAUGUGGAUGGAGCUGAGAAAUAAAAAGGCAAUGAUCACCUUGAAGGGAGCGUACUACAGGCCCCCAAACUGUCAACAGAAAUGAGAAGACAAAUAUGCCAGGAGAUUGACAUUUUGCAGGCUAAUCAUGUAAUCACUAAUCCCGUAUCAUGUAUCUAUACACUGUAAAUGAAUCGAUUGCAAUCAUGUAUUGUUUUUCUGCUGACUGGUUAGCGCACAACAAAAGCUUCACUAUACCUCAGUAUAGGUAACAAUAAACAAAACUGAACUGAUACUGAAAUUGAAACUAAUAGGGCUAUCAUAAGAGGAUUUUAACUUUCACAAUUUAGAGUGGGACUGGCAUAGUGUCAAGGGCUUAGACAGGGUGGAAUUUAUCAACUGUGUUCAAGAAAGUUUCCUCAGGCAAUAUGUAGAGGGCCUGACAAUGGAGAGGGCAUAGCUUACUCUUCUCCUAGGAAAUUGGGAAAGGUAAGUAACUGAAGUAUCAGUGGGCAUGCCUUUCAGGACCAGUAGCCACAGUUCUAAUAGCUUUAAAAUAAUUAUGGGUAAAGACAGGGUGGGUCCACAAGUUAAAAUUCUGAAUCAGGGCUAACAUUGAUGGCAUUAGGCAGGAACUUGCAAAAGCUGAUUGAAAUAGGAUGCGGGCAAAGGGACAUCCAGAAAGUGGGAUUUUGCUUUUAAAAGUUUAAUGAUGAUAGUUUAGUGCAUGCAUAUUCCUGAUAAACUGAAGGGCCAGGCAGAUGGGAAUACAAAAGCUUGGAUGAUGAGAGAAUUUAAGUUC